CUUCAGCAUGUACAACACGGAAAAAAAAUCUUCAAAAUGAUGAAUUGCGUUGGUAUUACUGUCCGCAAUGCCCCUACAAAGCUAAACUCAAACGUAAUUUAACCCGUCAUGUAAGAAAUCACAAUAUGAACAAGCGCUAUGCAUGCAACAAGUGUCCAUUUCGGAGUAAAUAUAACUCGAGUUUAAGAAACCACAUAAACCAAAUGCACGUGGACGAACAAGACGUUAAAUGGCACGAGUGUGUUAAAUGUCCUUUCAAGACCAAAACGAAAGGCAGUUUAACAAGGCACAUUAAUACGUUACACUUGAACGACGAAGACGUUAAGUGGUACGAAUGCACUGAGUGUCCUUUCAGAGCCAAGUAUAAAAAGUCUUUGAAGCUACACGUGACUGUAAAACAUCUAGAUGAAGAAAAAAUCGAGUGGCAUAAAUGUGAAGACUGUUCGUACAAAAGUAAAACGAAAGAUCAUUUAAAACAUCACGUGAGGGUGCAUUUGGACAUUAAAUCGUAUCAGUGCGAGUAUUGUCCGUAUAAAGCGAAACGCAGUGGUGAUUUAAGGAGUCAUGUGAAUUUCCGUCAUUAAACACUUUUUAACAUGUCAAAUUCUGAAUAAAAGUUUCAUUUUUUCGUUUGCUCAGAAUAUUUUAAUUCGAUUUCGAUUUUUAAGGGAAAGCUAACUUUGGCAACGCAGCUUCAUAAUUAGAUGCUGAUUGGAUGAUCGAAUUCAUAACCUUAUUUUUAAUACCCUUUUUAAACUAAAAAAAAACAACUUGCAAAUGACUAAAUCGGUAUGUCCUUAUCGAAGAAGAUCGUGAAUGCAUUAUGAAAUGUUCAUCUUCCGAUUAAACGCUAGCUUGGUUUAGCAACGCUGCUGAAGUUUACAUUUUUGAGGUUAUGUGCAAAAGGAAAAUGUUAGACAACCAAGAUGUCAACACUCAAGUAUUCCGAAGCAUCCAUAGCCCAAGGAAAACCGUCAUCGAAAAACGUCCACAAGUGUAAAUUGUGCCCCUAUUUUACAACUUCGUUUUUCCUUCUGACCAACCACGUGAGACGACACCGUUCCCCGUUGUGUGUAGACGCCAAAAUCGAACUGUAUUACUGUACAGACUGUGAUUUUAAAACAGAACUAACGAUUCUGUUCAAACAACACAUUGUCAAACACCACAGCUUUAAACGAGAAUUUAGAGACGAUUUAUCAAGUCAGGACUUUGUUAUCGAAAACUACGUUUGCAAAAAAUGCGACUUUGAAACAAAUUUCUCGUUGAAGUGGCUUCAGCAUUAUUCAGAAUGCAUGGAUGAAGACGAAUUAGUUGAAAGGGUGAGUUCUCCGAAAGAAAACCAGAUUGACCAAAUACGUUGGUAUUCCUGUAGGGACUGCUCCUACAAAGCCAAGUCUAAAAAUUAUUUAAAGCUUCACAUAGACCGACGGCAUUUAAACAAGCGCUACGCGUGCGACCGGUGUCCCUUUAAAAGUACAAGCAACCAAGGUUUAAAGAAUCACAUAAAUUGUAUCCAUUUAGCCGAACAAGAUGCCAAAUGGUACGAGUGUGAAAAAUGUCCAUUUAAAACUAAGUUAAAAAAGAGUCUAAGAAGACACACCUACUCCCGACACUUGAACGAAGAAGACGUUAAGUGGCACCACUGCAAAAAGUGUUCGUUCAAAGCUAAAAUUAAAGCAGAUUUAAAGCUACACACAAUCAGGAAACAUCUAAACGAAGAAGAAAUCAAGUGGUACGAAUGCGACAGUUGUCCGUUUAAAGCCAAACACGCGUCUAAUUUAAACCGUCACGUCAAGAAUCGACACUUGGAUGAAGAAAAAAUUAAGUGGUUCGAAUGCGAGGAGUGUCCGUUUAAAACUAAGCGCGAAAAAUCUUUAAGGACACACGUGACUACGAUGCAUUUAGACGAAGAUAAAAUUAAGUGGUACGAAUGUGUGGAUUGUUCGUUUAAAACUAAGUAUAAAACUAGUCUGAACAUGCACGUCAAUGCGAAACAUCUAGAUGAAGAUAAAAUUAAGUGGUACGAGUGUGGGAGUUGUCCGUUUAGGAGUAAAAAUUCGUCGCAUAUAAAACGGCAUGCGAUUCGUAAACAUUCGGGUUUAGAGAAGCACAUUGGUGCUAGUCAUUCAGUAUAACGAUUGUUUUUUCUUGUACCGUUUUAUAUUUGUCGACUUUAUCAAAUAAAAGUU